GAAGAUUGCAAUCUUUAAGUGUGAGUUCCUAAUCGUUGUAAAACAAACAGCGAUUAGUCUGAAUUAAAUAGUCGGAUCAUUUCAAUUUUAAGUAACCUAGUAUAACACUAUCCAGCAAAAUGAAUAAUUUAUUUUUGAUUUUAUGGUGUUAUGUGUUUAGUGUACUAGUUGAAACGGUUGUUCUUAUUGAACCAGUUAAAAAUGAAGACAGAGUAGCGGUUAAAAUAGAAAUCGAAGUUGAAGUUGAAGUUUCAAUUGAAGGUGAUAAUAUUUACAGUUCGGCCAUGAAAAUUAUGCUGACCAGUGGUAGCAUUUCGAAACUUCAUGUUUACGUUGCCGACACAUUCUACGUAGACGAUGAUUUACAGUUGACUGGAGUCAAGGAGCUGAAAAUUUUCACCAAUAUUUGGAAUAAUACACAGCCUGUAGUAUUUGAUCUGAGUGGUUCGAACGGAGCCAGUCAGCAAGCGUCAAUAAACGGAUUAGCGGGACAGCCCGGAAAAAAUGGAACAGAUGGUGGGAACUUUUUCGCGCUGGCGAAUAAAAUCAUCAAUGGUGACUAUUUAACUGUAAAAUCGGACGGUGGUAAUGGUGCAAAUGGUCAAGAUGGUGGGACAAGUGCUGAUAUUUUUGUUUUGUUAAACGUUGACAACGAUAACUAUCCUAGUGGCUGGUUUAGUAGUGGCGGUGAUCUUUAUGACUAUUAUAAAAGAUACUUUGACAAUAGGGGAUAUAACGCAGAAAUUAGUGAAGUUGAUGACUACACCUCCUUGUAUGCAGUGUUCGUGCACGAGAAAAAGGCCAGCUUUAACGUUCGAUUGCAUCCGCAAAAGUGUUGUGGGACAACUGGAAUAGGAGGUGUGGGAGGAUUCGGCGGUCGACGUGGAAACUUUCAAUUUAAGUACACCGGUAACAAUAAUACAGAAUCGACACCAAAGUUCGUAGGUAACGAUGGAUUCAAUGGAAAGCCGGGCAAAGAUGGGAAACUUUGCGAAAAUCUAGCACUCGACGUUCACAUUGCGGCUGAAUUGAAGAGAGUUGUUUUCAUUGCUUUUCCAUUACAUUACUCAUUAUCAAGUCAUUUCAAUGUUCUCAAUCACACUAAAAGCUCUAAAUGUUCACCGGUAUAUGUAAGUAGCAACGAAACAACCGUGUCAUCGGCGUCAAGUGAACCAACCCAAAUCGAAACUGUUUCGUCUGGAAUUCUUUCCUACAAAAAGUUUUUGUUGGAAAAUAUGAAUAAUGACACACUGACAACUAUGGUUCAGGAAGCGUAUAGAGCGAUCGACGAGAAUCAGGAAAUAAAUGACGAGAAUUCACUGAGCGGAUUGGUGCUAGAAGCUUUAGAAUUAGAAAGAAAUUAUUUUGUCCUGAAAAAUUCGAUCAAUAUGAUUCCACUGUACCGACGUUUAUUCCAAAGAAUAAAAACAGGAAAAAUGAAUGCUCAAAAUGAGCAAGACUCACGUGUAAGACAAUAUCUCAGAUCAAUUUUCCAACAGAAAUUAAGUGAUUUAAGGUUAGCAAAGAAUUCUCAGCUUUAUCUUAUGAACUUGUCUUAUAUUGAAAGUAUUACCAAUGCCAUUGAAUAUGGAAAUGAAGAUGUUCCAAUUAUCACCGAUGUUAGCUUGCAGAAAAAACUGAAUAAACUACGGUUUUUAGCGAACGGAAAUCAUAUUCUCGGCAUAUACCAUCGUGCCAUCGAACAGUUUCGACUUUCAUACUUCCCUUUCGCCGUAGACUACUUAAAACACUAUCGCUUAUCAGCGAAGACUUCGGCGUACAGCAAUCUGGAUCACAUAAUUGGAACUACCAUUAACAACUUGAAGGUGUUAAGUCGAAACAUUGAAAGUAUCAGAUCAACUGAAGAAAUUUGGACCAUUAAUAACCUUGACGGUACCGAUCCACAAGACGCCUUCUACGUAUGGGAGAAUAAAGAUUUUCGUGAUGAAAUUCGUAGUUUAUUCGAAGGCAAGGAGAUCACGUUGUUAUCUGACAUCAAACUGGCGAAAAAACAAUUCAACGCAAUCAAGUUCAAUACAAUCGACCUGGUAUUUAGAUCAUCAGAACAGAGCGUUACCGAUCAGUUGAACGAUGUACUUAAAUCAUUCAACGUUCGGUUCAAACAUCCCGGCCGAUCGCUCAUUCGAUGCAAUGGCAAUUUCUACGAAAUGAUCAGUGAUCCAAUGUCACUUGAAGUCAGUUUUGAAAAAGAUGAGCAUCUAGCACCGAUGACUCGUAGCGGUAACUAUGCGAUGUUGCGCUAUAACGAUCCGAUUCUUAGUCCGUACACGUUGUGGCAAAUUCAGUUGCUUGAAGAGUAUGUACCCACUCGAAAUAUUUCUGAUUUAAUUCAGUUCAGUGAGCUCGAUAUUGACAUCGAAUUUCACGGCUUUGGGAGAUAUAUCGAAGAAAAUGCGACAAUUUGCGAGGGUGAAAAAUUAGCAAAAUUUUAUACACAAAUUGUUGGUUAGUUCUCACACUAGUUUAAAAAAAAAACAUUUUUUACCGUCCAUAAUCUCAAAAUUCAUCAGUAGUCCAACUAAACUUAUUAAUAAAAUUUGUAAUU